CUUCAAGAGGCCCGGCGGCCACGCCCACCCCCGCUCCCGGUUGCCUGGCGAAGCCUGAGGCCUGGCUGGGGCCUGCUCGCCAGCCAGCCGCCGAAAUGCCGCACGGCUUCAAGGCCGGAGACCUCGUCUUCGCCAAGAUGAAGGGAUACCCGCACUGGCCGGCCAGGAUCGACGAUAUCAUUGAUGGCGCAGUGAAGCCCCCGCCUAACAAAUACCCCAUUUUCUUCUUCGGCACCCACGAGACGGCCUUCUUGGGACCCAAGGACCUCUUCCCUUACGAGAAAUACAAGGAGAAAUAUGGAAAGCCCAACAAACGGAAAGGCUUCAACGAAGGAUUGUGGGAGAUCCAGAACAACCCGCAUGCCAGUUACAGUGCGCCUCCGCCAAUAAGCUCCUCCGAUAGUGAAGUCCCUGACGUUGACCCCAUAGUUGGCGGAGGAGCCGGAAGCGACAUCGCGGAGGAGGAGGAAUCUGCUCCGAUGGCUGCAGUCGGUGCCGCGGGAGUGACCGUGGAGAAAGUGCAGAGCGAAGACGAGUCGGACAGGGGAAGCGAUCACAGUGGUCUGAAGCGGAAGCCGUUAGCCAUGAAAAUGCCAGCGGCGAAACGGCCGCGGAAAUCAUCCAGUGACCUCGACCAGGCCACUCCAUCGCCGUCGGAGGAGGAGGAAAACUCCGAAAGCUCCUCUGAGUCUGAGAAGUACAGCGACCAGGACUUCACUCCAGAGAAGAAGCCUCCGCCAAGGGCUCCACGAAGGGCACCUGCAGGCGGCUGGAAGAAAAGGAAAAUCGAAUCGGGCUCUGACUCGGAUGCCAAGGCUGAUUCGGAGGAAGAGGAGGAAGAGGAUGACGACGACAGAGAGAAUGCCAAGGCUCCCACACCCAAGUCUGAUUCCGACUCCAACUCGGACGAGUCCGUCAAGAAGCCCUCCCGGGGACGGAAGCCGGCAGCAGCGGAAAAGCCGCCCCCGAAGCCUCGUGGGAGGAAACCAAAGGCAGAGAGGCUUCCUAGCAGCUCCAGCAGCGACAGCGACAGUGACAGCGACGUGGACCGCAUCAGUGAGUGGAAGCGGCGCGACGAGGAGCGCCGCCGGGAGCUGGAGGAGAAGCGGAAGCGCGAGCAGGAGGAGGAGCUGCGCCGCCUCCGGGAGCAGGAGCGGGAAGAGAAGGAGCGGAAAAAGGAGAAGGCCGAGAAGGGGGAGGUGGAGCACUCGGACAGCGACAGCAGUGUGGACAACGAGGUCCCCAAGAAGAGCAAGAAGGGGCGGCCCAAGGCCCCAUCGUCUUCUGACUCAGAAGUGGAGAAAGAGGUGAAAAAGCCUCUGAAGAAGCAGCAGUCCUCCGAGAUCUCGAGGAAACAGAGUCAAAAGGAGAAGAGGGGCCAAGGAGAAGAGAAGACCCGGAACAGAGCUUUGAAAGCAGAACGAGGCCGGAAAAAGUCAGAGGUGCUCCCUGAAAGGAGGGUGGAGAAGAAGAAAGAACCCACAAUCGAAGAGAAGCUCCAGAAGUUGCACAGCGAGAUCAAAUUUGCCCUGAAAGUCGACAAUCCGGACGUCAAGAGGUGUCUGAGUGCGUUGGAAGAACUGGGCAGCCUGCAGGUCACCUCUCAGAUCCUCCAGAAACACACAAACGUCGUGGCCACUCUGAAAAAGAUUCGGCGUUACAAGGCCAACAAAGAAGUGAUGGAGAAGGCAGCCGAGGUCUACACAUGCCUGAAGUCCCGUGUCCUGGGGCCAAAGGUCGGGGCAAACCAGAAAGUCAACAGGACUGAUUCGGAGAAGGAGAAGGACAAAGGGGAGGGCAAAGAGAAGCUGCCUGAAGGAGAAACACAGAAUGAGACAGGCGAGGAACAGAUGAGUGGUGACCUCCCAGCUCCUGUGAAUGGAGAGUCGGGAGCCCAGAAAGGAGAAGGCGUGACAGAGAACAAGGACGGAGAUGAAGAUUGGACUUCCAGAGACGUCAAGGGAGGGGCUUCCCCCGAAGACACCCACAACGAAACGCAAGACUAUUCCGCGACGGAGCGGGCAGGAGCAGAACGGGAGACGAUCCACAUGGAGUCGGACUCCGUGGAGGAAGAUGACGGGAGCUGAAACCAAGGGGGGGGGAGGCCCCUGCGAAGAAGCAGCGCCGGACGGGUUGUGACGCUUGCAGCCCCCGGGGAGGCGAGGUCUCUGCCUUGCCCUGUCUUUCAGAGAUGCUUUUCCAAGCCACACAGUAGAUGACGUUCUAGGCCGGUCUUCCCUGACUUGGUGCCCCCCAGAGUGCGGGUUCCGUUUUGCUUCCUAGACCUCUGCUCCCAUCUCCCGUGGCCAUUGGCCAUGCUAGCUGGGGGCUCAUGGGAGUCCAGCAGUGCCUGGAGGGCACCUGGUUGGGGAAGCUUGUUCCUAAGUCAUAUCCCUUCCUCCCUGAGCCCUCUUCUCUUCCUCUCCCUCUCCCUCCCGUUUCCCAGUCCUCUUAUCGCUCCUUGGAGGAUUAUGAACUUCUGGGGCAGCCCCACAACCGAUGUAUGUUUGUAUUGGUUCCCUGUUUUUGAUUUCCCCCACUCUCUGUCCAGUCUCUCCCCACCCACCCACCCACCCCGCCCCUUUUACUCUUGUGAUUUCAACAGACGUGAAAUGAAUAUAUAAAGGGUUGUUUUUUAAUGAAAAGAAAAUGCCAUUCAUCCUUGUCAAACUUCUUUAUUUAGAGUUUCUCUCUCUUCUCGGUGGGGGGAAAGCGAGAGAGAUGGAGGGGAGGGAAAGAUUGUGUUUAAAUCACCCCGGGGUUGUGGUGGUCCGUGGCUUCAGAUUUCAAGGGUGCCGCCUGUCGAAUUCUGUUUCUGCAGGGUCUGGACUGUUUUGCAUUUCAAACAAGGCGUAGUGAUCACUCGCUGCUCCAGAUGUUGCAGAACUACAGGUUCCAUCAAUGUGGGCCGUUGGCCAUGCUUGUUGGAGCUGAUGGGAUUUGUAGUUGAGCAACAUCUAGGAGGGCCAAAGGUUCUCCUUCUCUAUGGUAAAAUCCAGCUUUGAUUUUGCCUCCAUUCUGAGUUGUGUUAGAUGAGUUUUCCCAGCUCUCUUUUUAUUGUCACCGUUGUGCCUCCCCUCCUUCCUGGGACGCCGCUGCUUACGAUAGUUGCUGGUUCGCCACCCUCUCCAGCCACGAUAGAGAGGCCUUUCAAGAAGUGUUACUGUGCUGAUAUGGGUCAGUUUCUGCACAGUAUAAUUCUCUCAAGCACUGCUGCAAAGAUAGCAGAAUGCCUGGCUAGAACGCUGGGCUGUUGGCCUUUCAGCCUCGGCCUAGCCAAAACUCCUUGUGUGGGUUGUGUCCGAAUGCCCCCUAAGCGUUCCCCUGAAAGAAUCCUACCAUCUCAUUCUCCUGAACACAAGACUGGUCUCAACCCUAUCGGGAGGAGAGGCAGCGCAUUGGUGUGUGCAAAACUAGCUGAGCAGUUUUGCAUUUCCAUUUCUCAAAUGCUGUGUUAUUGGGCGGGUGGUGCCGUUGGUCUUUUUAUGUCUUAAAAAAAAAAGCCAAACCAAAAAACCUCUCCGCAGGUAGAAAACACACCCCGCAGGGGAGUAGAGAGGACACUGGCUACCUAGCUUCCUAGGCAAAGGGAAGCAUUCAGAGUGGUAUCUGAAGCAGCACAGUCAAUUCUGCAACCAGCUCUUAGUGCCAGCAACUACCUUGGGCAGCAAUUGAGUGACAAAGUAUGGAGAAACAAGGCAGGUCAGCCUUUCUCUCUCUCAUCUGUCAUCUAUCCUGUCUUCUCCCCCCCCCCCUUUGACAAAUGCAUCAUAGAGGCUUCCGUUUAGCAGUGCCUUGCAGGCCAGUUUGAGAAAGCACAGAUUUUCUUCCUGCCCCCCCCCCCAAGGCUGCAGGUGACAGCGUGGCUCAAAAACCUGCACACACAGGUGCAAAGAUGCCGUUUCUUCACAUGUCACUGUCCUCUUGAUUUUCCACUCGCUCGCCACUCCUGCUACUGAUUUGGCAAAUUCCAAAAUGCAACAGGGCAAUCUGUGAGUGCCGGUUGGCUGUUUUGGCCACGCUUGCUCAUGGGACUUCUGAAUUCUGUGUUUCCAUGCGUCUCUCUUUUUCUCUCUACUUAGGUUAGUGGAAGAGAAUCUUGGCUUUUUGGAGCACAGUAGGGUGUGGGUGUCUCUGCGUGAGUUUCAGAUUAUUCCUGUUUUUUAAAAAACUGAAGCAGACUUAAUUCCAAACUGCUUUAUCCAGGCGGAAUCCAGAUUAGAGGAUGAAACUGCCGAAAUACUGUCUGAAGCACCAUUCUGUUUUUGGAAACCGUGAAAUAAAGAUGUUCCUGUCUGAUAAGAAA